CCCAAUAUAUUCCAAUUUAAAUACCCCAUUACAUGGUGUUGGGCGUCGUUCUCAUGAGAAAGAGUUUAUUAAUUGACAAGAUUAGCCUUCAAAUUAUCUAUUGACAUUUUCAUUUCAGGUCAUUAUCAUAAUUAUUAUAUUCUGUGUUUGAUCUCGUAUAAUUAUGUCCUCUAUUCUCUCAACGUACAGGGUAAAUAUGAUAAUUGUUAUUAUUGUUAUAUUGAGAUGAGUAGCUCUAGUUCUAGUGACUCUGAACAAUCACCUAGUGAAUUCGAGGUUUCAUUAUUACGUUUACCUAUUGAUUUAAAAGUAAAAUCUCUGGAUAAAUCAGAAUUAUUAGAGCUAGGCAAACAGUUAGGUAUUCACAUCCCUCAAUCUGUUAAUAUUGAAUACUUGAGAUUCGCUGUUGACUUGGCAAAAAAAGUUUGUAUUUAUGUGGACCACGAUUCAGGAGCUAGAGAUGCUCUAAGUCGAUUACUUAAGUUAGGGUCCCUGUCUCAACGCGAUCGUAUUAUCUUCCCUAUGUUAGCCGAUUACGAGCGAAUAGUAGGCAAGCUAGGCAGAAAUCAAGAACACAUCUACGACACAGUAGCUCCCGAUAACUUAGCAAAUAUCCUAAUUCCAGAAAAUAAUAUGGCAGGGAAUGAUAAAAGACCCUUUGCGAAACCCGAAAGCUAUGGGGGUACAAAGAGUGAAGACUUCAACGAGUGGUUGAAAACCUUCAAUAGGGCAGCAAAAAUAAAUAAGUGGGAUGAGGAUGAUAAAAUCUUGUAUUUACCCCUCUACCUCAAGAAAACAGCAUUGGCAAUUUUCGACAUAUUUUCGGAUAAAAAUGAAAACGCGACAUUUCUUGAUGCAGUAGGCCACUUAAAAAGUAAACUUGUAGACCCUGUUCAUGAAGAGACAACCAGACAAAAACUCGAAAACAGAAACAAAUUACCAACAGAAACAUACACAGAAUACACAGCAGAUAUAAUAAAACUUUGUCACAUUCUUGAGCCUCAAAUGUCAGAGAAAAGAAUAGUAGGAUAUGUUUUGAGAGGCUUAGACGUAGGAGCAUUGCAACAUGUUGCUUUCAUGGACAAUGCAUCAGUUGAAGAUUUAGAGAAAAAUCUCGCCAAAUAUGAAAGAUCUCGCUUCCUUCUAGACAAAAAGUUAGGAAUGCAUAAUGCUUCAAUCCUGUCAGAUGACGAAGAAGACGAUUGCCAGUUCAAGCAGAAAGGCCUCUGCUUGAUUCCGAGGAAAAAGAUGUCGAACUCCGCCACCCAAGCCACUUGUCUCCACCUUCUAACAUCAGAAGCAGACGUAUCGGAGCUACGAGAAGUCUGCAAAUUUGAUUGUAAAGCAACUGACAAUCAAACCCUAAUCACUCGCCUACGAGAAGACACCUUCCUAUUCCACAACACCGGCAAAAAGACGACAAUUCGCUGUAAAAACUCAACAACUGAGGUCCCAAGCAACAGUCCAGGAACCCUAUCACUCCACAUCCCUUGCAACUGCGAACUUCAAGACGACAACGGCGACGUACUGAUAAGCACUCUUUAUCCUUGCGACUCCCGUUCCCAUCCUUCUCCAGCUAUUAAUAACUUAAUUCCUCACAUGUGGACAAAUUUAUCUAAAUUGAGCAUCCCAAUUUUUAAACAUGAGACUCUGCCUCAGUACUUAAACCUUUCGGAAAUCUUAAAUGAAAAUUGGCACUUGAAUUUUUCAAAAUUUGAAGAGCACAACUCAUUCUCAGAAGACAUUUUCCAUCAUGUUGAAAUGCCAAAUAACUUUGAUUUGUUAGGGGUGAACAAUAAACUGAUCAUUUAUAUUAUUAUUGUCUGGCAAACACUGAUAACUGUUAUAUUCUUGUAUUUAUGUCUUCAAAAUUAUAUUAAGAAGAAAGCAAAUCAACUGAGAGUCCCGAAACGUACUCCAAUUGUGGACUACCCACAGGAGCUUUAAGAAUAUAUUGUGUUUUAGUAAAGUAGUAUGUAAUGAAAUCAUUAAAAUAAUGGGUUAGGAUAUAGGAAACUAUGCAAAUAAUAAUUACUUAUUCACUAUUAUUGUAUCCAUUUACUCUUUUAUGCUAUCGAUUCAAAUAUUUUCCCAGAUUAGAAGAUAAACUAUUUCAAUUAUUAUUAUUAUUCUUAUUUUCAAGGUCCACAAUAUUAUUUUGCUUACUCGAAUACU